CGUGGGGGGUGGGGAGAUCGGCCUCGGGGGGGUGCCCCGUGCCCCGCCCCGGGGCCCAAUGGCGGCGAGUGACCCGGAAACGGCCCAGAGACAAAUUGAUGAAAUUGACGCUCUCUCAUCUAUAUAUGGUGAUGACUGGUGUGUUGUUGAUGAAGAUGAAAGGAUAUUUUGCAUUAAGAUUGGUGAUUGUUUGGAGCAGCCAAAAUGGACUCUCUGUUUGCAGGUGAUUCUGCCUUCUGAAUAUCCAGCUUCAGCCCCACCUAUUUAUCAACUGAAUGCCCCUUGGCUUCGAGGACAGGAUUAUAUCGAACUAACAAAUAGCCUGGAAGAAAUCUAUGUGAAGAAUCUUGGUGAAAGCAUCCUUUACCUCUGGGUGGAGAAGAUACGAGAAGUUCUGAUAGAAAAAUCUCAGUCAUCUGAUGCAGCAGGACCAAGCAUUGAGAAAAUUACUGAAGAGAUUGAUGAAGAUAAUGAAGAAGAUUAUUCCGUGGAGUAUCAACCAGUUCAAGAAGAUACAAUUAAAACACUGAAUUUUGUUAUAUCUGAAAGCCAAGAAGAUGAAGAACUGCCACCAAUUAAUCAUGGGAACCCAAUCUCGGACCGAAGGAGUACUUUUCAGGCACAUCUGGCUCCUGUAGUGAGCCCCAAACAGGUGAAAAUGGUUCUUGCCAAAUUGUAUGAGAAUAAGAAAAUAGCGAGUGCUACCCACAACAUAUAUGCAUACAGAAUAUACUGUGGGGACAAACAGACGUACUUACAGGAUUGUGAAGAUGAUGGGGAGACAGCAGCAGGUGGACGCCUCCUCCAUCUUAUGCAGAUUUUGAAUGUCCGUAAUGUUUUGGUUGUGGUAUCCCGCUGGUAUGGAGGUAUCCUGCUAGGACCAGAUCGCUUUAAACACAUCAACAAUUGUGCCAGAAAUAUACUAGUGGAAUACAGUUAUACAAAUUCAGCUGAAGAAUCAUCUAAGCAAUUGGGAAAGAACAAAAGAGUAAGAAAGGACAAGAAGAGAACUGAACAUUAAUUCAUUUAAAAAUAACAAAAAGUUUAGUUUACACAUAUUUAUAUUA